AUGUCUUCCCACCUCGAUAGUUCUGAAUUCAGCAUAAGACAAAGUCAUCCAAGCUCCAAGCAGGCUGGGGCAACUUGCACAAUCCACCAAUUCAUGGACGAGCAAUGCUUCCGCUUCAUGCAGCGAGAGCUAUCCAGCGCAUCCAGACGCACGUCUGACAGCACACUUGCGAGCGGUGGUGCAUCAAGGAGGGGAUCUUUUGAGACAAAGGCAAGACCUUGUCUGACCGGCACGUCUGACGUCGUGGAAGCGAGCCCUUCCUCACCCGUCUUGGGCACCCUCUUCGGGCUUUGCGAAAGCACGGUAGCGUCAAAUUCGCGAUCAAGCUUUCGAGAGAAGGCAGAUGCCCCUCGCAGAAGGCAACGCAGAGCCAACAGGGCACCUCUCAGACUCUCCUGGAUGUCCCUAGUCAUCUUCACCAUCCUGCUUGUUCUGUGCGCUCUGCCACACAAAGCAGCAGCCAUUCGGCCUCACACGAGAGCAUACGUCGUACGAAGAAGGAGCGAGCUACCUAGUCCGAGGACUUCAUCUUUUCCUACCGAUGCACAUCACGAAUCGGCGCAGCCUCGACGCACUCCUCCCCUCAUUCACACUCGUUUUGCAGCGUCCAGGCAGACGCAACAGACCCCCGUCAUCGCUCUUGGUCGGCUGACCCAGAUUUCAUCCUCUGGGCACGAGGGCUACCCAGGGCCUCUUUUUCAAUCGGCGAGCAUGCCAUCUAAAGCAUCAAGAUUCCUGAGCUCCUUGCUCGUGCUUGCCAGGAGAUUCAGCUAG